CCUUCGUUUUCGUGACGUCUCAUCACUUUGUCACUCACAGGGCGCGAAGCAGCCAUUAACACACUGCCUUACGAGCUCCAAAGGCCUGGCCUGUAAAUGAUUCUCCCUUCGUCUACUCUGCUUCGCACCCUCCACCUUCCCUCCUCCUCCGCCACUCAAAUGGGGCGUUACAUUCCUCGCGCCACUCUCCUGUCCAUCACCCCCAUUCCCAUUCGGCACACCGCCGCGUCAUUUCCCGCUCUCCCGCAUUCAAUCUCCCCUCCCAAAACGCAGCGUUUCUACGCCUCCAAGUCUUCACUUUUCGGUUGGAAAUUUCACUCUUUGUGCGGAGACGAAUGGAGAGGAGCUGCGAGGCCACCGUUGUUAAGCGGGCCAAUCUACCGUUCGCAGAGAGAGUACCGAAAGAUGAGGCGGAGAACCACAAAAACCAAGGAGAAGGAGAAGGAGAUAGAGCUCGAUGUCAGCAUUUGCAUUGAGGAAGAUUUGCCUGACGAUCCUGAAGUCCUGAGUAUUGCGGAAUUGCUUCGUCUCAACGUUCCAUUGGCGAUGAAGCUAGCGUUUGAUGGUUUGAAUGGUUCAGUGUACAAAACAAGGGACAAUGCCAUAAGCGACGUUGGUGGUUUUGAAAGCGUCGAGCUUUCAGUGCUUCUCUGCAACGAUGAGUUUAUCCGAAAACUUAACAAGGAAUGGAGAAACGAGGACCAUGCAACUGAUGUUCUUUCGUUGUCGCAACAUGUCCCUGAUCUUAAGCUUCCCAUUCUUAUGUUGGGUGACAUUGUGAUUUCUGUUGAGACAGCGGCAAGACAAGCAGAGGAAAGAGGUCACUCACUUAUAGACGAGAUACGCAUUCUCAUGGUACAUGGAUUGUUACAUUUAUUAGGAUUUGAUCAUGAGGUUAGUGAAGAGGCCGAAGUGGAAAUGGAGAAGGAGGAGGAGCUUCUAUUAAAGAGUCUUGGGUGGAAGGGGAAAGGAUUAAUUCAGAGUGCACAUGAUGCUGAAACCCAUGUUAAUUCUCAUGAGGAAAAACCAGAUGGUGGAUUGUUAAAAGACAGGAAGAGAGAAGGCAGCCUGCGAUUUUAUAAACCAAAGUUCAAAUAUAUUUUCUGCGAUAUGGAUGGCACACUUCUCAACAGCAAAAAUCAUAUUAGUUCAACAACUGUGAAAGCUCUCAAAGAGGUCUCAUCAAGGGGUGUGAAAGUAGUGAUAGCUACCGGAAAAUCUCGUUCAGCCGUCAUAAACAUUUUUAAGGAGGUAGAUUUAUCUGGAAAAGAUGGCAUUGUUUCAGAAUUUUCUCCUGGGGUUUUCUUGCAGGGAUUGCUUGUUUAUGGUAAACAAGGUCGGGAAAUCUUUAGAAAGAAUUUAGAUCCAAGUGUCUGCAGAGAGGCAUGUCUUUACUCAUUGGAGAAUAAGGUUCCUCUUAUUGCGUUCGGCAAGGAUCGUUGCUUAUCUCUAUUUGAUCAUCCAUCUGUUGACUCACUGCAUACAGUAUAUAAUGAGCCAAAGGCGGAAAUCAUCCCUUCAGUUGAGCAUCUCUUGGCUGAUGCUGACAUACAGAAAGUACUCUUCUUAGACACCGCUGAGGUAGUGGCUACUACUUUAAGGCCAUACUGGUCACAAGCAACUGGAGAUCGUGCGAAAGUUGUUCAAGCUGUACCAGGUCACCUUGAAAUUGUUCCCGCGGGAACCUCAAAAGGGAGUGGAGUAAACAUGCUACUUGAUCAUUUGGGAAUCACUCCAAAGGAGAUCAUGGCUAUUGGCGAUGGAGAGAAUGAUAUAGAGAUGCUUGAGCUGGCUUCUUUAGGCGUUGCUCUUAGUAACGGAUCAGAGAAAUCAAAAGCUGUGGCUAAUGUAAUUGGUGCAAGCAAUGACGAAGAUGGCGCAGCCGAUGCCAUCUACCGGUAUGCAUUUUGACCUUCAGUUCAGACAAGGAAGAAUUUAGCACAGCCAUAGCUUAAUAAUUGGAUUGAGGCAUGCAACCAGCCAGAUGCUUCACGAUGAUUUUGUCUCCGUCAUAAAGAACUGCUACUGAGACUAGUUCAAGAGAUAAUAAAAAAUUGUCAAUUUUUUACA